UCAGUGACUCAUGCGCAGAUUGUACCUAGUCAGCUCAGGAUUUCACUUCCUAAAUAACAGGAUUUUUUAACAACAAAUACAACAUGAGUCUUUUUGGAAGGUUGUUUGGUGGUAAAAAGGGAGAAAAAGCCCCCACACCACAGGAGGGCAUACAGAGACUUCGAGAAAUUGAAGAAAUGUUGACGAAAAAACAGGAAUAUUUAGAGAAAAAGGUCGAUCAGGAAUUAUCAAUCGCUAAGAAAAAUGGAACGAAAAACAAAAGGGGUAUGAUCUGUGGUAUGGAUGUUGAUAAAGUUCACGAUCUAAUGGACGACAUUGGUGAGCAGAUGGAUUUGGCUAAUGAAAUAAAUGAUGCUAUAGCAUCGCCCAUUGGGUUUGGGCAAGACAUUGAUCAAGUUGCUUUGCUCCCCAGGGACGUUGACAAGGUCCAUGAUUUGAUGGAUGAAGUGGCAGAGCAGCAAGACAUAGCCAAUGAAAUUUCAGAAGCCAUCUCAAAUCCUGUUGGCUUUGGUACAGAUGUUGAUGAGGAUGAGCUAAUGGCAGAACUGGAAGAGCUGGAGCAGGAGGAUUUGGAUGCUCAGUUAUUAGAAGUUGGUGGUCCAGUCACAGACCAGUUACCUUCAGUUCCUGUAACAGAACCUGUGGCCAAAACCAAAGGCAAAGCCCAGGCAGAUGCAGAUGAUGAUCUAGCAGAGCUAGAAAUGUGGGCAUCGUAAGACUUCACUGGCGCCCUCUUUUAUUCAGGACUUUACAUACAAAUUCUUGUCUUUAAAAGGAAAGGACCUUCUCCACAUUUUUAUUUAUUUAUUUAUUUAUUUAUUUUGAUGGCUAUAAGAUGACCUAAAGCUGAGUGCUUAUAGGUUAAAAAAAUAGAAAUAUUCAAGUCUACAUUUGAAGAAACCAGUAAGUGAUUGCCCUCUCCUGCUCCACAUUUUCUCUAUAAUUCUUUAAACAUGCUCUUGUUAUAAUGUGAUGUGGGAUGUUGUAUGGAUUACAUGAGGGGAUUGCAAAUAAGUGUCUGCUUCCUAAACAUCUUUCCCUGUUAAUACUAAUGAAAACUCUGCAAAGUAUUGCAACGGUUUAAUGUUGUCACAUUGUAUUGGGAAGACUGUUCGAAUGAAUGUGAUUUUCUGUUCAGAAUUCAUAACCCAUAGAAAAAAUUUUAAGAAUAGUCUUAUUUUAUCAUAAAAGAAAAAAAAAACAAAGCAUUUGAGGUAACCUAAGUGCAGAGGAAAACUGUUAUUUAUUCCAUCAUUAUGUUAGACCCAGUUUCAUGGUGUUACAGUUUGAAAAAAAAAUUAAAAUUUAAUUUAUAAUAAUUCUGAUGAUUAUAAUACUAGGUGGUAAGAAGUGAUGAGAAAUGAUUCCACGUAAAAUACUUACUGAAUUUUUGUCAGAUUCCACCAAAGAUAUGUACAUGGUUUUAUAAUAUUUUAACCUUAGUGCAGUUAGGUAUGGGAAAUUGAUUGGUAUUCUGAAUUGAUAAUGCAAGGAUUUAGCAUACUUUUAGGUGAAAAGAUGUCAUUCAUGACUACCAAGUAAAGUCUGCAAUUGUUCAAAGUGACAGUAAAAAAAAGUAAGAGCAUAAACAGGAAAAUUCAUAUUCUGUUUAGUAUGUUUCAAGGUUUGCAGGGUUCUGAAAAUAAUAAUCAAAACACGCAUUUGCAAAGCUUCAUGAUCACACGUUCUUUGCGAUACAACUACGUCGCUUUAAAUUUCCUCGUUCACCAUAGGUGUCGCCUAUAUAUUAUGAGUUUGUUACCUUUGUCAGUGAAAGAGAUAGCGUUAGUUUGUAAAUUAGAUAACCCAAAAAGUUUUUGGCGAACAUUUAUGACAAUUUAUGGAUGGAGAUUUGUUUGGAAGGGUAGGAAGUAAUUGCAAUUUCAAUCAUAAUAUUUCAUUUUAGUAUUUUUUACGUUUUCCUUGGCGGAGGUCUGCGCUCUGUAAGUGUUCUCAAAUUAUUUUGGAUCAUAGAUUGCAUUAAAAAAUACUGUGAUGGUAACUUCCAUAACAAGACGAAUACAUUGUAAAACAUGCAGAAGUUCUGAAGGUUAGAAUAUAAUAUGGUUUAAGUAUUGAGACAUUUUUGAGAAUAGAAUAUUUAUACGAGCCCAUUUUAUGUAGAGUUCUUUCCCGACAUCUAUGUUAGCUAAGAAAUAAUUAGAGUGCCUACAUUUAAGCAAGUGUUAUCUAAAUGAACGGUUAUUUAUAUGUACAAAAUACCUGAAUUGUUUUCAGCAGAAGCUAUUUUUUGUUCAUUGUGGUUAUAUGGAAUGUCAUAGUUAUUAUCAGAAACCGUGAUAUACUCUAGUUUUAUAAAUAUAAACCAUUUAACAAAAUGAUUUCCUUUGUAAAUACAGUUCUUUACAAUGCCAAAAAUAAAUAUACUAAAUUGAUUUCCCA